AAUUUUCCAAGUCAAUGUCUUGGUUGACAACAACUUGUUGAUGCCGAAUAUAUCCAUACCAGUAUCCAUCGCAUAAUGAUAUCUGAUUAUUCAUGACCAUCAAUUGUACCAUUCCAAUGGGCGUCACUACAUUGUUGUCAUCACUAGUCAUCACCUGCAUCAUUGUUUACCGAAGCGCAGAUUGCAAAUCGUUGUACGAUGCCUGUCCAGAUCGACAAUCAUUCGAGCCGUGUGAAUGCAACGAGGACAAGAGCGAAAUUCGUUGUGGAAUGGGUUUCUCGGUGCCAAUGAACGUCUUGUACUUGUUCCGAGACAGCCAUCCAGUGGUUGUUCACAACAAUGACAAUCGUUCACGAUAUCGGUAUCACCACCUGACUGUGGAGAAUUCAUCACUGGAAAUGUUGUUAAACAACAUGUUUGGCAAAUUCGAAUUCGAUGCCAUCACCAUACGAAACAAUUAUUAUCUUUCUCAUCUGCAACCAUCGUUGUUCGAUUCAUCCGCCACCAUCAAUUCACUGACACUGGAUUCGAAUCCAAACUUGUUUGCCAACGAUAAAUCGGUGGUCAACGUGUUCACGAUCAUUGCCAAUCUGAUUCAUUUGGAAGCAUUGGCCAUCAACAAUUGUGGCCUGCCAUUCAUUGCGAGCAAUGCGUUGGCUUCAUUGUCGAAACUAGUGCGUCUGGAUCUGCACAACAAUCAACUCAAACAAAUCGACCCGAACACAUUCAGUCGACUUUUUUCGCUUCAAAUACUUGAUCUGAGCCAGAACAUGAUCAACAAUUUGCUGCCAAAUUCGCUCAAUUUAUCGUCAAGCCAACCUUGCUAUGAUUCGUAUCGUCGUCAGGACAUUCACUAUUUCAUUGAUCUCAGUCACAACAACCUGUCAGUGGAAUCAUUCGCACCAGACACAUUCAAUUUGAGUUGCUCGGCCAAACUACAGUUGACCAACAAUUCCAUUGAAUUGCUCGACGAGAACGUAUUCCGUCCAUUGUUUCGUUAUUACACAAUCAUCCAGCUGUACAAUAACCCAAUAGAAUGUCUACACUGCAAUCAAUCAUGGUUGAUGAAAGGACGUCAUUGUUUGGAUCACAACAACAACACGACCACCCGAUAUUACAUGGUCAUUGAUUUUGCAUGUCACAACGAAAUGUCACUAUAUCACUUUAUAGCCAAUUGUCCGCAGUAUGCCAAACAAAUGGAUCAUCUUGAAGUUGAACCAAAAAGUUCAUCGUUGUUCGUUGUCAACAAGUAUCUGGACUCGUAUCCAGCCGAUUUUCGCGAACACGAUUCUCAAUUGCUUCGUUGUCAAUCGGAUUUUUACUCAAUCACCCAUAAAACGACCAACAGAUCAACGUUACCCGUGUAUUGGUCAUUAUUUUUCGCUGCAGCCAUAAUCAUAAUGAUUGUCAUUGUUUACUUGUUGAAUCGUCAAUGUAAAUAA